ACAAGAUGCGAGAAAGAUUUUGCUGUCUAACUUGCUAUAUUUUACCUAUUUUUUUUGUGUAAAGUGAAAAUUUUCUUCGAUUCAGAUAAACCUUAGUCACAGAGUGAAAGAGCCACGAACCAAACAUGGAGAAAAACGCCGAACUUUACAGUCAAGUAGCGCACUUUGGCUUGUGGGCAGCUGUGCCCCUAUCACGGUAUCCAUACACUCCCGGCAUCCCUUCCAUCCGCGACCCGCCGCGUCCGUACACCGGACCAUGCUCUCCACACCCGCCGCAGGCUGGCGCUUCCGCCGGGGAGGUCUGCCCUGGAGGCUUCAUACGUGCUCCUGCCUGGCGUCGCCGCUGUCUUCCAGCGGCGGCGAGCCUGAAAAGGCGAGGCCUUUGCUCGCGGAGAGGUACCGGGACGGUGUCGUCAAGAGAUAUAUUUCGGAUGGCAGUUCUAAGCUGCAACUUCGUUUGGAGAAGCAUGAAUCUCCAGUGAACGGUGUGGAAGAUGAGAAUGCAGAUUCUUUGAUCCCACAGGCUAUUUUGGACUUUGUGCUUCCAGCUGGGUUUCCAGGGUCUGUUUCAGCGGACUACCUGGACUACAUGUUGUUGCAGUUCCCAACAAAUGUGACAGGUUGGAUCUGUCAUGUAUUGGUUACAUCAAGUCUUUUGAAGGCUGUAGGUGUUGGGUCCUUUACAGGAACUUCUGCAGCUGCAUCUGCUGCUGCUAUCAGAUGGGUAUCAAAGGAUGGCAUUGGGGCCUUUGGACGUCUUCUCAUUGGUGGACGCUUUGGAGCACUUUUCGAUGAUGACCCAAAGAAGUGGAGGAUGUAUGCAGAUUUCAUUGGAAGUGCUGGAAGCAUAUUUGAGCUUAGCACUACAUUAUAUCCAGGUUACUUUCUCCCACUUGCAUCAUUAGGGAACCUUGCAAAGGCCAUAGCAAGAGGAUUUAAAGAUCCUUCAUUUCGCGUUAUCCAAAAUCACUUUGCAGAAUCUGGAAAUCUUGGAGAGGUUGCUGCAAAGGAGGAAGUAUGGGAAGUAGGAGCUCAGCUUUUAGGCCUUUCAAUCGGUGUACUCAUUAUGGAUAAGACAGGUGUAAAGUCAUCAUACUUAACUCUUGUUUUAACUUGGCUGAGUGUUCGUCUUCUACAUCUUUGGUUGCGCUAUCAGUCCAUAUCAGUUCUCAAGUUCCGCACAAUAAACCUAAAACGUGGCCGGAUUCUUGUGAAAUCACAUGUUGCACAACAUACUGUUCCUGGUUAUGUUGCUUGCAAUGAGGAAGAAAACAUUUUAACAUGGGAAAGAUACUUGCGUCCACAAGUUUCUUUCGGUGUGCCCAUGGAAAGAAUGCUUGGUGGUGACAAAUCCAGUGACAUGAAUUUGGUGAGAACACAUGUACGCGAAGAAAUCAGUGAGACAGUGACAAACAUGCCAUUUUUGAGUAAAAUGUAGGGGACAUCCAACUUUUUCACCAUUGACCAUUCCUGAUAAUCUACUGAAGUAAUAUGUUUCUUUGAGAACAAUUUUAACAAUGGUGAGUGUUGUGGCUUGUCUGUGGCUUAGUCUGACUCAGGAAAAACCUACAGCCAGCAGCAAGUAUGUAUCCAGGAACUAAUGGUAGUAGCACUAUAACUGUUCCCUUGGCUAUUCAAUAACAUCUGUUUAAAAAACUGAUGCCCAGCCCCGCCUAGGCAGUCAUAAGUAGAGCUGCAUCGCCUAGGCAUUUCUGUCUUCUUUUGUGCA